AUGUGGCCGGAAAACUUCAUCCCGAACAAACGAUCGUGUAUUUUGGAUGCGCUCGAGUGGCGCAACAUGGUGACGCUUGUAUUUUUGCAAUCAACUUCUGGGCGGCGACAAAAAUUGCCUCCGAAUGGCACAAGAAUGGAUUCAGGAGAGCUGGACAACGUAAGCGGUGUUAUUUCUUGUGAAGAAAAACAAUGCCCUCCACCAAGCACUUGUGUUCUUGGAUCAGUUCUGUGUCCAUUUGGUUCCAUUCCGAUUUGUCUGCUGUAUCCCACAGAAUGCAUACGUACUGACGGCACGGUACAGAUUGAUAUGUCCGGCGAUGAAGCAUGGGACGCAAUCGGAGAUUAUCCCGAGGGAUCAGGUGGCUGUCCGACCAAUAUGUACAGUUCUACUUGUGGAUUUAUUUGUCCACGCGAAUGCAGAGAAGAGCAAGCCUGCUUCGAUAUUGUAUGUUCGGAUGUAGAGAGAUGUUUCUGCAACUCUGGACAUAUACCUUUAAACACAAGUGAUUUGAGCGUUGGUUGCACGCCUGGAGAAUGUUCAAGCUCCACGAAUCGAACUAUUACGAUUUGA